AUGGCUGCAUUUUCGCAUCCAUUGUCCUCGCCUUCAAAAGAUGUUCUGCAGCCACGAAUUGGGGCGUCUUCGUUUGCUGUUUCUUCUUUUGCGUCACUGCAAGAUGUUGAGAACAAACCCGCUUCGAGCAGAAUUUGGAGACCGUGCGCAUUGGUCGACUUGAUGGCGCUGGGCCUCCUGCGAAGACAUUCGCGUUGUCGCAGAUCACCGUCAAAACGUUGGCCGAAAAGGACUGCGGUCGUGAGGCGUGGAGCCGAGUACGGCCAGGAAUUUGUUGGAGAAGAGGUGGAUCAAGAUUUAGCAGAGUCUUUGCAGCAACGAACCCUUGAAGCUUUGGACCUGGAUUUUGUUCUUGAGCGUUUGCAAGCUUUGUGCUACACAGCAACGGCUGCAGAAAUGGCAAUCGAUCCAGAAGUUCUGUUAGCGCAAACUCCGGAAGAAGCUCGUGCAUUGUAUGCUUUGGUCGUGGAACUUACACAAUUGGAAGAUGCAGAUUUGGAUUUGGACGCCAAAUUGGACAUCAGGACCGAGGUGGAUCAAUGCAGACACGGGCGCGUGCUGGAACCACCCCAGCUGCAGAAGGUGUCCGAUUCCAUUGAGGCCUUGCUUCGCUUACGAAAUGGUUUGGAUGGAGCAAGUGCGAGAGGUGUCAACAUUCCGCUACUCAUGGGCCAUUGCCAAGACAUUGAGCUGCCAGAUAGGUUGCUGGACAUCAUGCUUGAGGCGUUCCAAGAGGAUGGAGAGCUCUCUUUGAAGAAAUUCCCAGAACUGGGUCAGCUCAGGGAGAGAAUCAGGGAAUUGGAAGAGACCUGCUCCAAAGUGAUGGGGGAGGUUCUCUCCAGCGGCAAGUACUCAACGUAUCUUUCUGAUGAUGGGUACAUGCAGUUUGGAGGGCGCUAUGUGUUGGGCGUCAAGUCGCGCUCCAAGGGCAAGGUUGGCAGACUGUUUGAUGAGUCCCGAAGUGGUCGUGUUGCCUACGUGGAACCUUAUGAAGUGGUGCAGUACGCAGAUGAUCUUGAGCAAUCAAAGAAGGCCUUGGAGAGGAUGGCUCGUCGAAUCCUGGGGAACAUGUCGCUCGCCAUCAGCCAUGCCGCAGAUGCUUUGGAAAGAUGUUUGAAAGCCGCAGCUCAUAUCGACCUGGCACGUGCUCGCUUGUUCUUGGGUGAGGAUAUGGAGGGUGAGGUGCCCACAGUGGGAGAUGAUGGGAUCAUUGCAGUGCGACACGCUCGGAAUCCCUGCCUGGUCCUUCGUGGGGGGAAAAAGGUGGUUGGCUAUCGACUUGAGCUCGGCAAAUCCAGCCAAUGCCUUCUUCUCACCGGUCCGAACGCUGGUGGAAAGACGGUCGUCCUGAAAACCCUGGGACUCCUCGCGCUGUUGGCUCGGUGUGGGAUCCCAAUUCCAGGAGGAGAAGCACCAAGAGUGGACUUUUUCGAGGUGGUUCUGGCAGAUGUGGGUGAUAUGCAGACGAUCGCCCUGGGCUUAGAAUCGGGUCUCGCAGAGCGCUCAGUCGUCUCUACUCAAAGACAAAGAGCCGAAAAGCUGAGCAGAAAAGCUGUUACGCGAGCUCUGAACAGCUGCAUUUCGAUCGGCCGAGGUGGAUGA